CUCAAAAUUCUAGAAGUAGUAGAUUAUUAGAAAUUAAUUUUUAAAUAUGAAAACCUAAAAGACAUUCAUUCAAAAACUUCUUAAUUAAGAAUGAAUUUUCAGAAAAUUAUACAUUUUCAAUAUAUUUUCGGAAGAUAUUUAAGAAAAAUAAGACUGAGUACUUUCAGUUGGGAAAGCAGGCAACCUAUUCAUAAUAAUUUUAACAAUAUCUCUAAUGUAGCUGCUCAAACAUGUUUGCACCACUUUACAAUGCCUUGUGUAAAGUCAUAUGCAACUGUAGUGCCAGAUUCAGAAGCAUUAGUAGACAGCAAUGUUUUUGAAAAGGUAUGUGAAGAAACUCUUGAAUCUCUAACGGAAUUCUUUGAGGAGCUUAUGGAAAGGAAGGAGACAUUAAAAAAUGCUGAUGUAUCAUAUAGUGAUGGUGUUUUGACAGUCAGUUUAGGUAAUAAAUUAGGUACUUACGUAAUAAAUAGGCAAUCUCCGAAUAGACAAAUUUGGCUUAGUUCUCCUGUAUCAGGACCUAAGAGAUAUGACUUUGUUGUUAAUGGAAAUUAUUGGAUUUAUAAACAUGAUAUGGUACCUCUGCACAGAUUGCUCCAAAAUGAAUUAUCGACAAUUCUAGGAGAAAAAGUAGACCUUUCAAAAUGUUUACAUUCAAAAGUUUAAGUUUAUAUGUGAUUUGUCUAAUUUAAACUAAAAUCUAAACAAAUGAAAUUUUGUAACAUUACAGCCUGGAAACCAUAUACCUAAUUUUUUAGAUGAUGAUUUCUAAGCCCACAGGAAAUUUUUAUAAUGAAAAAAUUUUGUAUAAAUUUUGCGAAUUAAAAAAUUUAAAUAGGCAUUUUUAACCCUGAGAUGUCAAGAAGAAUUGCACAUAUAUUGCAAUACCUUGCUACUUAUAGAUAUAAUCAGUUUUUUUUUUAAUUUUAUAUAAAUUUUCCAGCAAAAGUAUUUGUACAGAAUAGCAUGCGACACAUAAAUGAUCUGUACCGAUCAUAGAUUUGACGGUAUACUAUGGAUGGAGCCAAAGCCAACUUUCAUCCCAUUUUUCGAUGGGGUUAAGAUCCGGAUUUUGAAGAGGUGUAGCAAGGAUAUGGGGUAUAUUGAACGUAAUCCACUGACUUACUACAUAUGAUGUAUGCUUUGGGUCAUUGUCCUGCUGGAAAUAGUAAUUACUGCCUAUUCCUAGCAAAUUGGCAGUUUCUUUUAAAUUUUCUUUCGGAAUGCUUAUCCAUAAUACCCUCUAUUAUUACUAAUUUUCCAAUAUCUCAUUCCUCCAUGUAGAUUGCAAAUUCUUGGGAUUCAGUUUUUCGUUUAGUUCUUUCCUUAUGCGUAUUUGUCCGUUUGAUACGAUAUUAAAUUUCAACUCGUGAGAGAAAAUUACUUUAUUCCAGAAAUCAGGAUUUUUGAUGAUAUAACUUUUGCAAAAUCUAAACCUUUCUAUAUGUUUGUAGCACUAAUGUACAGCGAAUUGUAUCCGGAGUAACUGUUUUAUUAGAAGCUUCUCCUACUUUCCUAGUUACUGCGGGUGUAUUUAAUCGUGGAUUAUUUCCAAUAAGUUAAGGUUCCGCUCUACAGUAAGUAGUUUCGGAUGUCCGUUUCUACUUUUAUUUUCGAUGUUGUUUCCCUUAUCAAAUCGCUUGAUGAUGUACUGAACAGUUGAAUGGCUUCAUUUGACAGCACAGCUUUUGCUAUUUCUAUCAGCUACGUAAUCUUAAUAUUAUAUUUCUUUCGGCAAUUGUUGUUUCUUUUCCUUUCUGUCCAGACCCAUGUAAACUGUAAACUGAACUGCUUCAAGAGUACCAGAAUAUAAAAAGAGGUCCAUCGGCGUGUCCAUGCUGGCAGCAACCAGUUAAAUCCAGCUGCGUUCGAUUACUGCUUACUGAAAAAGCUGCUGUACGAAUACUUUUGCAAUAUACCUUCUGGAUCAUUUAAAAUAUUAUUCUAUUUAUUUCCUACUAGCUUCUGAACUUUUCAUUAAUAAUAACAUUACUAAAGAGGUGUUGUUCUAAGUAAUUUGUAGAUGUACUGCUGUCAUCGUGUAAACAUUAUUUACGUGAUAACAGAUCAUUGUACCAUUGCAUGCUCUCCUGUACGAAUACUUUGCUGGCCACUAAAUAAAUAACCCUUUUUGAGAUCUCGGGUUAGAACUCUUAUUGUGAUUAUUUUGUUAAAAUUUUUUUAUCCCAGAAGCUCUACAGGUUUAUACAGGGUGUUCCUAAAUAAGUGUCGCAA